AUGAACGGGUUGUUGGAGGGGGAUGAGAAGGAUUGUAUGCGUACAUUCAACUCUUCAACCACGAUGGGAGAUGUGCUGUGCUCAUAUUACCAAUUUGUUGGUGUAAGCAGGGCUUUCAGAAAAGGGGACAUAAUAGAUUCUGUUAGGCAGGGGAUUAAGUAUAUAGUGGCUUCUGAGAGGCGGUUGAAUGUAUUUAGUGAUAUAGCAAAGCGGUUGGACUUGGGUUGUAAUAAACUUAUUUUAGAUGUUCCUACUCGAUGGAAUAGCACCUACUUGAUGUUGAAAACUGCAAUUAGGUUCAAGGAAGUGUUUCCUAGAUACCAUAGAGUAGAGCAGGCUUUUCUGUGGGUGAUAAGUCCUGAACAGUGGGAUAAGGUUGAGAAUGUGAACAAAGUUUUAGCUGUUUUCAAUGAUGUGACCAAUGUUGUCUCUGUCAGUGACUACCCUACAUCCAAUCUGUUUCUACCUGAGGUGUGUAGAAUGAAAGAAAUUGUGGAUAUUAAGGCUGUAGAUAGGAAUGAAUAUAUAAGAUUAAUGGCAGCUAAGAUGAGUGAUAAAUUUGAUAAGUAUUGGGGUGAAUCUAAUAUGGUGAUGACCUUAGCUGCUGUGUUGGAUCCUAGAUACAAAAUGAAGUUGAUUAGGUUCUGUUUUCCUAUCAUUUAUCCACUUGAUGUUCGUGGUGAUAACAUAAAGGCCGUGCUGAAUACUUUAAAAGAAUUGUUUGAGGUUUAUGUUGCUGCCCAUAAUGCAUCUAUCAUUCAACAACAAGCAGCUGCUGAAGUCAGUGCUGCUACUACUACAGUUGCCUCUGUUACAGAGGUAGUUUCUGGUGGUAGAUCACGGUUUAGGCAACAUGUUAGAAGCAAUGACAUCAUCCGGCCCAUAAAAACUGAUUUGGAUGUUUAUCUUGAAGAAGAUGUAUUCAUUUUUGAUAGUGAGAAUGGUGAAGAUAGUGAUGCAAAAUUUGACGCUUUGGGAUGGUGA